AGGGCAGCAGCCUUGGGUCGCUGGGGCCAGGGUAUAGGACUGCCACCCGCUAUGGACUGCGCCAGGGACGAUAUGGACUCGCUGCCGCAGGUAUCAACUUCUGAAGGCUCCUGACCUUGCCCUGGACUACUGCCCCUUCGCAGACUCCCAUCAGGCUGGACUCUGCCAACUUGCUUCCGCAAUGGGUAAUGAGGAGCUGUGGGUGCAGCCAGCCUUGGAGAUGCCGAAGAGACGGGACAUCCUUGCGAUUGUCCUCAUCGUGCUUCCCUGGACACUGCUCAUCACCGUCUGGCACCAGAGCAGCCUCGCACCUCUGCUUGCUGUGCACAAGGUACCUGGGAUUUAUUAUAAUCAAGUAUGAAUCUCAGUUUCCAGGGGGAGUGGGUAUGCCAGGAUAUAUGAGACAACGUGGGGGGACACUGGGACUUUUGUUGAGGAGGCAGAGGGAGUGGAGCAAGCUAGGACAAAGCCUAUAAUGUGGUCAUUUCAGAUAGACAAAGGCCACAGAAGCUGCUACACUGGCUCAGAAGCAGAUGUUUUGCUUUGCUCCAAUGUUCCUUUCUUAAGACAGCUAUAUUACUAUAUUGGUCUCAUUGGCCUAGUACUCACUCUGUAGCCCAGACUAGCUCCAAACUUACGGCAAUCCUCAUGCCUCCGCCUCUUCAGUGCUGAGAUGGCCAGCAUGCACUGGCUUCAAAAGUGGAUGAUUUCUGUGUGCUUUUGGAUAUUAGCAUGGAUUUGCCUGUCCUGUAUUUGGGUCUUGGGUGACUUUAGGCCAGAGGAAGACUGGCUGUGGGUGGUCUGAUGGAGAUGCAGGAACUGGUCAGUUGUUUACUAUCUCUAUAAAAGAGGUGCCGCUCCGAAGGGCGGUCCUUUCUGAAGUCCAGAAGGCUCUGAAUUGUCAAAGCAGUGUCAAAUUUUAAACGUUAAAACAAAGCAGAUUAGUGUGCACACAAACAUGCACACCCAGUUGCUUAGUGCCAUGCAGAGAGGUGGCAGGGAAGGUGCAAGUCCUGGCCUAUAUUGAGGUUUGAGAGAGUGUUUUAGGUUUCAUUUUAAUUUUGAAUUGUGGAGAGACAACCCAAGGCUUACUGCAUGGUAGCUAAGUUAUAAGUACCUGUAGAGCUACAGCCCAGCUUGUAUGGUGCUGCAAACCCUUUCAAGUUUCCUGGUUAGAAGACUAACUGGGUAAAGGCCUGAAGCAAGGUAGAGUCUUCCCAAGAGCAAAUAGAAAAGCUGAGAUUAGAAUAAUGUCAUUCUACUUAUGAGUCUUGAGACAUCUUUUUUUACUCACACCCAGAUCUCCACCCUUAGACCUGCCUUGCCUCCCACAUCUAGCUACCUCUCAUUCAGUCUUACUAAAGCCAUCUUCUGCUCCACCUAGUUGGGACACUAAGACAGGCAGCAGGUUCUCCCACUGCAAUGUGUACCAUCUUUCCUGGGAAGAGGAAAACAGAAGGUGCCCAAGCCCUUCCCAUAACAGAUAGAUGCUCUGUGGUAAGAUGUGGGGAGCCCCUAUAGUCAGAGACCUCAACUGAUUUGGCUACAACAGUGUGCAGGUCACAACCGAUACUCUGCCAUCCACUGUAGAAUACAGUCAGUCCAACAUCCCUGCAGUUCCCCAGUCUCCCUGCUGCAACCCACUGCCCUUGCCAGGCACUCUGGUCCUCAGCAUGAUGUCAUCGCCUGCUUACAGCCCAGUGCCUCUUUUGGGGCCCUGUCAGUUUAGAAUUGCAGUUAUCCUACAAAUACAUCAUUCCAGAGGAGUUAAAACUACCAUAUAUAAAGUGACAUAAUGUCUGUUGUCCUCUUGGCAGACUGAGGGUCAGAGACAUCACACCAAGAGCCUUUGAGGAGUCACAAUUGCAAAAUCCCUGAAGCCAGAGUGAAGGAUGGAGUGCAGAUUUCAGUCAAGCCCUGACACUUGGAGAACUUCUCCAGGACAUGGGCUUCUGCCUGUAUAGAAUGAUCUGGAUAGCAGAAAGCUGUAAAAAAAUGGCCCUAAAUCUCUACCCUCAAAAUAUUAUCAUCUACUAGAUAAAUGAAUUCUUAUAUCCUGGUUAGAAUAUCCUGGGCAUUAUCCCUUUUCUUCAACAUUGUUUCUUUUCAAUUUAACCUCCCAGUUCAAUUAAGACUCCCUGUUGAUGAGCUACAUCUCUGCCAGUCUCCCUGACCCCUCCCACACUCACUCAGCAUUUGGUCUGCAGCCUGGGUAUCAGACACCACAUCCCUUGUGAUAUUAACUUGUAAGCACUCCCUAGGAGACAAAAGUGGAUUACUUGGGCUCAUUUGCAUUGGACUCUACACUUUGCAAAAUGACCUGUUGUUAAUGGUGAGGAAAAAUGGUAGGAAAGAACAGGGGGGUCAUGGCUCAGCAUCCUCUCAGUGUCCAUGUUCAAGCCCUUUCUUGUGGCUUGCUCCUACCAUCCUCACCAUAAAUACAUAGAGCCACAAGGAAGCAGGUCAGCUAGUGUCCUAUACGGGAGUUGAUAGUGACUAUGCCUAGUAGUGAUCCAAGCCCUGAUAUGUGUUGUUAGCUAUACAAUAACGCCAUCGAACAUAUGUUAUUAGCAUUAGUUAAUAUUAUUAGCUCCAUUCUGUUGCCACUGAAAUCAAGGCACCAGAAACUAAGAAACUUAUUCUAAACCUCACAGUUUGUCACAGCAUCAACAGGAUCCGAGCCUAAGUUUCCAAGUCUGCCCUCUAGCCAUGAACACUCCUACUGAGAUAGGUGUGAGCAGUGAAUGCUACACUGUAUUUGACUCAUGAGUCCUUCAAAUCCAAAGGCAUCACUUGGAGAGCCAGGACUUGAAGUCAGGAGCACCAACAGCCUUGAUUGUUCCUUCUAGCAGGCCUGCCAAGUUCCCCACCCAGGAAGAUCUUCCAGAUGUAAGAAGUCUUCAGAGCUGCCCAAUUUGGAACAGGUCACUUUUUAAAAAUUAAGAAAGUAAUGGCUGCUCCCAUGUCUGUGUCCAUGUGUCCAGAGGGACAGGCUUCAGCAGUAUCAUUGUCCCUCCUGGUAUCCUUGGGGUGUAGAUGUGAAGCAAUUAGUGGACACCAGGACAAGAGAGCUGUCCGUAGGUCCAGAGAGACAAAGGCACGUGUCUAGAAAGGAUGAAUUGGGAGAUAGACAUCACACUAAUGGAAAAACUAAGCAAGUGUCUCCAACAAGGAAGAACAUCUAAACUCAAAUGGCAUUCGAUCCAAAACUGUAUUGUCAGCUAGAGUAAAGUCCACUGGAACCAAAUGCAGUGGUUAAAUGCUAUGGUGUGUACCCAAAUCCAAAGAGCUGCUACAUAAGCCAGGAGAGAGGGGCCUCACUUGACUAGAGGGUUUGUUUGAAACCUUACAUUCCCUUUGAGAUCCAAACUGCUGUAGCCACCCACCCUCACCACUUUCUGGCUUGUGGAAUCCAUACCAUUGAACCUAGCUGUUCAUCUCUGCUAUGUGGUCAGUUUUGCCAUAUGAGGUGAGAGUCACGGCAUUUUUUUAUUUAGAACCUAAUGCAUUGAGGAACUGGAGAUAGAUGACUGGAAGGUGACCAGUUGCAUUCAAAUAGCCACACCCAUGUGAAGUGUAAUGAAAGGGUCAUCUCUGGGUCAUCCCAGGAAUCUAAACUAAGAAAAUUCUCAUGAGAGUUCCAGUUCUAUAGGUUGGAACCUCAGGUCUAAAGAUGGAAGUGAGAAGGCAGGCCCUGAUGUUGGUUCUUCAGAGGGGCAGAGAACAGGGACUGUCUUGGAAGGGGGGUGACUUUGAAAGCCCUAUAUCAGAGCCAGGCCAGCGCCCUCGUCCCCCUCCCUCCCCGCACCGCCUUCUCCCACCUCUGCAGAUGAGGGAAGUGACCCCCGCCAUGAGGCACCACCUGGUGCGGACCCUAGGGAGUACUGCAUGUCCGACCGUGACAUCGUGGAAGUGGUGCGCACAGAGUACGUGUACACGAGGCCGCCACCCUGGUCCGACACGCUGCCCACCAUCCAUGUGGUGACGCCCACCUACAGUAGACCGGUGCAGAAGGCAGAGCUGACGCGAAUGGCCAACACACUACUGCAUGUGCCCAACCUUCACUGGCUAGUGGUGGAGGAUGCUCCACGCAGGACGCCCCUCACCGCGCGCUUGCUGCGCGACACUGGCCUCAACUACACACACCUGCACGUAGAGACACCACGCAACUAUAAGCUGCGAGGUGAUGCCCGAGACCCUCGCAUCCCACGUGGCACCAUGCAGCGCAACCUGGCACUGCGCUGGCUGCGGGAGACCUUCCCACGGAACUCUACUCAGCCAGGCGUAGUGUACUUCGCGGAUGAUGACAACACGUACAGUCUGGAGCUCUUUGAAGAGAUGCGCAGCACAAGAAGGGUGUCCGUGUGGCCUGUGGCCUUUGUUGGUGGCCUUCGGUAUGAGGCCCCACGGGUGAAUGGGGCAGGGAAAGUGGUUGGCUGGAAGACAGUCUUCGACCCCCACCGGCCCUUUGCAAUAGACAUGGCUGGAUUUGCUGUCAACCUCCGGCUCAUCUUGCAGCGAAGUCAAGCCUACUUUAAGCUACGUGGUGUGAAGGGAGGCUACCAGGAAAGCAGUCUCCUUCGAGAACUUGUCACCCUCAAUGACCUGGAGCCCAAGGCAGCAAACUGUACCAAGAUCUUGGUCUGGCAUACACGAACAGAGAAGCCAGUGCUGGUCAAUGAGGGGAAGAAGGGCUUCACCGACCCCUCAGUGGAGAUCUGAAACUAAAGAUGCAGGAACCUCCUUCUCAGACCCUGAUCUUGGCCUGCCAUCCUCUCCCAUGGCUGAUAGUCACUCUGAGGCAGACUCCAGAGGAACAACUCUUAUGUAUUCCGAGGGCUUCCAAGAGAGCCCAGCUUGAUGUCAGGAUAAAAGACAGAGAAUUUAAGCACAGAAUCCCAGACCUGUGGUCCUCUACAGCAACAUGGCCAGGGGCUUAAAAGACCAGAGAGCUGGGGAUUCCGGUUGCCAGCCAAGCCUGUGCUCGGCACAUCUCCUUGGAAGCUUCCUACAUUGAUGGGGCUGUGUGAGCAGGGGACCCUGCCUUGGAGUGAUACUGGGGUGAGGGAGGUCAGAAAACCCUACUGUGGAGUGCAGCAUGGCUCUCCAUGGCUCCCUGCUCUUGGGCCUAGCAUGACUAUACAGCAUGUGCCCAGCCAGGACAUUCUGAAGACCAGAGAGCAGCCUGGGGCAUGAAGAUGCCCCAACACUCCUCUUUCACACCUGCUCUUCCUCAGAGCUGCUCCCAAAUCAGAAAUACCUCUGGCUCUCCUCUGGUUCAUGUUUACAGGACAUAAGGCUGUCUUGGAUCCCACCUGGCACCCUACCCUGCAUUGGGGGAGCCUGGGCCUUCCUACAGCUCCCCCUGUACCUCAGGCUGUAGGAGAACAAAGCCCUUUCCCAUGUCCCUCAAGCCUCCUGCGCCAGAAUCGGCAAGGUGGUGGGCUUAGAGCCAGCACAGGUCAUAGAUCGACCUGGAUUAAGAACCAAGUCACCCCAGUGUCCCCACUGCCUCUCCAGUACCCCUGGGCUGCAAUGCCCCUUGCUGGGUUUGGACUGAGGAGACAAUUGCCCUCUUCCUGAAACCCCUAAGAAUCACAGAUCUCGGGGCGCAGAUAACAAUAAUAAAGAGGCAGAGCUCUUCCUGAAAAAAUGUGAGACCCAGCAAUCCCAGUCCUUUCCUGAGCCGAUUCUGUGAGGGCUGCAUUAGAAUGGGCUCAAGGUCAAGAGCAGGAAAUGUCUACACACUGAGAGGAAGGGCGACCUGAGCACAUACUGCUUUAGAAAUCACUCUGUCUCACACAAAAUGGGAAAGCUUGCAAAGCCAACCCGCCUCGUGCCCACUGCCCCUUCUCCACCCCGGACAGAACAGUAUGCUCACGCUGUUGCACCUACCCAGCCGCCCAAAAGAACCAUCUGCCUGGGUGUUCAGCAUCUGAGAGGCCCCUGGUCCUGGCUACAUGGGGCCCUCUGGUGGUAAUCUCACUCCAGCUCCUACAAGUUGGAAGCACAAUUUUCCUCCCAAGUGGGGGAAAGGAAAGGGCGCAAGCCCACUGAAGAGGCGUUUAUUUUUUAACUGCUAACAGCUCCCCCCACCCCGCACCUUCCCCCAGUUCCCCCUCCCCCCGCGCUCCAUUAAAACUCAUAGGACAGGCCCGGGAGUCAUUCCGAAUCCACUCUCGGGUGGAUGAGACUCAGUCCACACAUCUAACUUUCAGAGAAUAGCAUCAGCUGCCUAUGUUGAAAUGAAUUUAACUUCUCACAGUCUUCAGGACACCACCUGAUGGGAUCAGACCCCACAGCCCCCUGUAGGACAUCUCCCCCUAGCCAUUUAUACUUUGGAUAUUGUUUUGGAAAUUUACUCCUUGGCAUCAAAUGAGAGGCACCGGGAAUUUAUCCGAUGGGUGAAUUUAUGUCUGGGCACCCUACUGCUCAUUCAUAGAAACUGUCAGUGAAUGCCAAGGUCAAACGGGCUGCUAAGGCUGCCUUCUUAGCCAAACUCAGUGCUCUUUUUAGGAAACUGAAAAAAAACAAAACAAAACAAAACAAAAAUGGGGAUUUUUACUUUUCACGUUUUGGCAGAUGCUACUUCAGUUGUUUUCAUGUAAUGUCCUCCCUUCACUGCAUGUGUAUUUAUUUAAAAUUAUAACCCUGGUGGACUGCGGCCUUCAUCUCUGUUGGGAAUGAGUUUGUUGCAAAUCAGAACUGGGUCCAUGAUGACAACUUUCCCUCCAAACCCAGGCUGCAACCCCGCUCCCUCGAUGGAAAGCCCCACCACAGAAGAGUUAAGCCAGGGGUUCAGGAGCACCAUGGGCAAAGGCUGGUGUGAGGGUGGGGCCCAAGCUGCUGCGCCAUCUGGUCUGUUUUUAUUUAACUGUAUUUAAUUUGUUUUCAAAAUUAAAAGUCAAAUAUGGUUUUUAACAGUUGUAA